AUGGCAUCCAGUCGUAAUAGACAAAUGCUACUGCAGUCACGAGGAACGCGUUCUGCGUUGGUCACCCACCCCGAUCAGUUCUACUCGCGCCCAACGACGCAUGAAAGCUCCAAGAAAGUCAGAACCAAUUCCCAGAGUCAAGCCGACCCACUCACUUGGAAGAGCAAUACGCUCGAGAUGAAUAAGAGGAAACGCCGAAUGUCGCAUGAUCCUCAAUCGCGGAACAGCCGCCGUUUCAUCGUCGACGUGGACGAAACGCUUCGCAUUGUCUUGCAACAGGAAGACACAGACGGAGACUUCCAGAUUAGCGUCACAGACUCUGGUCCCAAACUAAUCACACUCGGCACGGCUACCAGUAAUGGCUACAAGACAUUCGAUAUCAGAGGAAACUACAUGUUGUCAAAUCUAGUUCAGGAACUAGCUAUCGCCCGUGAUCACGGCAGAACGCGAAUCGUUCUGGACGAAGAAAGACUCAGCGAGCCGCCAGUCGACCGACUUAGCCGCAUGAUUGCAACGUCUUUCUGGCGCUCUCUCACCCGACGCAUCGAUGGUGAUGGUCUCGAGAUUAUCUGCGCCGACCCGAAGAACCGCACCGGACAUCUCAUUCCUCGCAUCUAUGUUCCCCAUUCGGAGACAAAGAUGUUUGAAUACUACAAGGCUGUGGCCAAACAACGCUCACAUCUCCGUUUGGAAGUUGUCCGUCUGCCGGAGAAUUGCGACGAUCCCAUGUUUGUCAAGAGCCUCAAUGACAAGCCCGGACUUCUCGCUUUGGCUAUGGAAGAAGUCGAUGACGAUGCCGGCGGGAAGACGCUCCGAGGCAUUCCCUUUAUCGUCCCUGGAGCCCGAUUCAACGAACUGUACAAUUGGGACUCUUAUUUUAUUGCACUGGGUUUGAUUGUUGAUGGACAUAUUGAAAUGGCCAAAGGCAUGGUCGAGCAUUUCAUCUUUGAGAUAAAGCAUUAUAAUAAGAUUCUAAAUGGUUCGCGCAGUUAUUAUCUCUGCCGGACGCAGCCGCCUUUCCUCACAGACAUGACGCUGCAAAUUUAUAAUCAGCUCAACAAGGUUACUCCGCAAGAGAGGGAAUCCGCCAACAAAUGGCUCAAGCGCGCCAUGCAGGCGGCCAUCAAAGAGUACCACACCAUCUGGAUGGUGCCCCCUCGCUUGGACCCUGUCACUGGACUCUCUCGCUAUCACCCAGAUGGUCUUGGUAUUCCUCCCGAGACAGAAGCAAGCCAUUUUACUCACAUCCUCGAACCUUUUGCUGCCAAGCAUGGUGUCUCUGUCCUCGAAUUUACAGAGGCCUACAACGAUGGUCGCAUCCACGAACCAGACUUGGACGAAUACUUUGUACAUGAUCGUGCAGUCCGUGAGUCUGGUCACGACACAACAUAUCGCUUCGAGAAGAAGUGCGCCCAUCUGGCUACUAUCGACCUCAACGCUCUCCUCUACAAGUACGAGGUGGACAUUGCAACCGCGAUAGAGAUCCUCGGGGGUGAGCUCGAGCUGGAGGAAGACUUUGCGCUCUCGCCAUUCCCGCCGUCCAAAGAGACGUUUGCGGCUGGAGCUAAGUUUGAACGUAGCCGCAGCAGGAAGCAGACAAAGGAUGAAUGGAUGAAGCGCAGUCAAUGGCGAGAAGAGAGAAUCAACAAGUAUUUGUGGAAUGAGGGCAAGAAGCUCUACUUCGAUUACGACACGGUGGCGGAAGCGCAAAUCCCAUACGAAUCUGUGACGGCAUUCUGGGCGUUGUGGGCAGGCUGUGCGUCUGAGCAACAGGCUAUUGAUGUCAUGGCAACUGGCUUGGCCAAGUUUGAGGUCAUUGGUGGAUUGGUUUCGGGAACUGAAGAGUCUCGUGGGCCCAUUUCAUUGGAUCGUCCUAAUCGUCAAUGGGAUUUCCCAUAUGCAUGGCCUCCUCACCAAAUUAUGGCCUGGGUUGGGUUUGAGCGAUAUGGACGGCUUGAGGAUGCACAGCGGCUUGCGUACCGCUGGUUAUACAUGAUGACGACGGCGUUUGUGGAUUUCAAUGGAGUGGUGCCCGAAAAGUUUGACGCGGUCAAACUGUCUCAUAUGGUUGAUGCCGAAUACGGGAACCAGGGUGUCGACUUCAAAAUGAUACCUCGAGAAGGUUUUGGGUGGAUGAACGGUGAAUACGAAGUCGGACUGACCUUUAUUACCGAGGCCAUGCGACGGGCACUCAACUCGUGCGUGUCACCCGAAAAGUUUUUCGCCAAGGAUCGCAAGGGGCUCGAGGCGACGAUCCAAGUGCCCAUCGGCGCUCCUGACGAAGAGGUGUUUGACCCGAUUGACCUUGCGCUCGAGGCAAUUAUGGGAGUCUAG